AUGGCGACGCCGCUGCUCGACGAUCCCGCGAUAUCCGCGACCGCCCUCAAGCCGCAAGAUGCCCUCGGCGCGAACCCCAAUGUCGCCGUUCCUUCCAACGCUACCACAAUCCUCUCUUCCGCUCUUCCGGCUACCUUCAAAGAGCAGCUAUCUGCGGCAAUACCUGCGCCGACCGCUACUGCCGCGGGGACGGUGGUGAUUGUGUACGGCCAGAACCAGCAGCAUAUCGUGCAACUGGUAGCGGAGGUCUUGGGCAAACCAUGGACAACGGAAGUGUCGCUUGGAACCCUUGCGCGAGCCAGCGAUGCAGUGGUAGCGGGGAUCCUAGCGCGCGAUUUAACGCGAAGUUUGCAAGGAUGUCAGCGAUCAUCUCUCAUUCUGGUCAACACAUAUUGCGUGGAGGACGGGUCUGCACCGGAAGAUUCGCUGACCGAGAUCUGUGAUUACGAGUUCUUAUAUUCGCGGGGCCCACUAUUGCGUCGGGACCUGGCGAGAUUUUUGUCUUUGAUUCUUGGUCAGACGAGGCCGCAUGAUGAUUUGCGGACUAAGACCCGGACGAAUUUUAUCUCGACGACUUUUCCCGAUGUGCAUGCUGCGUUGCCGAAUUUGGAUAUUCUGUCUGUUGGGUCUGAUGCUGUUGAGAUUCGUGUCGAUUUGCUCGUUGAUCCUGCGCCGGAGGGAUUGACGACUCCGCUGGUCCCGAGUUUGAAGUAUGUGGGGCAGCAAUUGAUGCUUUUGCGCCAGCAUACUGAGUUGCCUAUUAUCUUUACUGUUCGCUGUACGAGAGAGAAUGGGAAGUUUCCGGUUGAUGACCCUUCGCUUUUUUACAAGUACCUACGACGCGCGAUACAGUGGGGAGUGGAAUAUGUUGAUGUGGAGCUGUGGCUACCGGAGGAGAUACGUCGCCAGCUGGCUGAGAAUAAGGGUCAUAGUAUGAUUUUAUCUGCAUUCCAUGACUUUUCUGGCACUUGGAAGUGGACCUCGGAAGAUGCUCAGCGCAUCUUCACUGAAAGUGCGAAAUAUGCCGACAUUGUGAAGAUGAUCGCCAUGGUCCAUACAAUUGAGGAGAAUUACGAGCUGGAAUACUUCCGUUCGACUAUCAAAAGCCGUGGCAGUGGCCCACUCCUAUCAGCAGUCAAUAUGGGCCAAAUGGGCCAGUUAUCCCGUGCUUUGAACACCGUCUUUUCUCCCAUCACCCACCCACUCCUCCCAAUGAUCGCCGCCCCGGGCCAAUUAACGGCAGCCGAGAUCAACGAAGCACUACACAUCAUGGGCCAACUCCCCAAGCGCGAUCUCUACGCUAUCGGUUCCUUCCGCUCCACUCCACACUCAAUGUUCAUGGAGAAAUGCCUGAACGAGUUAGGCCUCCCACACAAUUUCACUUCCGUUGACCGCGGCCCAAAGGGCUAUAUGGAAUCCAUCAUUCUCCAGCCCCAAUUCGGCGGCGCCUACGUGAACCCCCCAGUAUCAAGCACAACGAGCUUCAUCCCAGCAGUCAGCGACGCAGCCUGCGCAAUCGGUCUAGUCGACACGAUUGCAAUGACUACACCAAGCGACACAGCCCCCGGCAUCUCCCGCUUCGUCGGCGAAAACGCUGCCUGGAAAGGCAUCCGGGCCACAUUGACACGCGAGUACGUCCCAUCAGCAUACAGCUGUCGCGCAGCAAUCAUCCUCGCCGGCUCCGAAGCAGACGCCUCACCAGCAAUCUUCGCACUACGCAGUCUAGCCAUCGGCACAAUCUACACCGUCGGCUUCAGAGCCACCGGCCCGUUAUCAGCGGGCCUCGAGCCCUUCACCUCCAUCCAAUCCGUCAAACGGGUAGAACAACCUUUCGUAAUCGUCUCAGCGCUACCACCUGAGAAAUCAUUACUCGUGCAGCCCUUGCUGCGCCACUACGGCACUAAUGGUCGUUCAUCGCCGCCUUCGACACGCGGUAAGGUUUAUCUAGAUCUUACGAGUGGACCGCGGAAGGGUGAUCCGUUGGCCGUUGCUACUGGUGCUGGGUGGACGGCGUAUGGGGUUGAGGAUGUUAUUGCUUGGACGACUGUUGAGACGUUGAGAUUGCUUGUUGGGCAGAAUGUGCCUUUUGAUUUUGUGAGGAUGGCUUCUGGGAGGCCUUUGUUCUAG